AUGAGUUUUCCGCAGAUUGCUAAACGGCUCCAGCUCACACACUGAUGCUGUGGCCUAGCUCUCAGUGUAUUCCUCGGUGACCCACGCUGUGGUCACCUCCCUCCCUGGCUGCCUGCCUACAACAGCCAGGUCAAACUCUUGUCUUCCCAAGUUAAAGAUACUGUCACCUGCUCAGAGAGUACAACCUGAACUCUGCUACACGAUGGCAUUUAAAGGGUGGUUUAUCUACAGAUGGCGACAGAUCUGUGCAUCGUGCAUGGUGGUGUGUGCAGUGUUGUGUACUGGCACUGUAGUGGGAUGGUCUGUGGAGGUGUCUCGUAUCAUGCAAGACCCCUACGCUAACUUCAACCUCACUGUUGACGACCAGGAGUGGCUUGUGUCGUGUGCUGGUGUGGUGGCCAUCUUCACGACGGCCGGCAGCGGCUUCUUGGUGGAAGCUGUGGGUCCCUGUCGUCUCCUCAGCUUGGUGCUGCUGCCCGCCAUGGUCGGCUGGAUCUUUAUUGCAGCCACGGAGUCUCUGGUUUGGAUCUUCUUGGGGCGAAUCAUCACAGGUGGUGUGGGUUUUAUGCUCACCACAGUGGCGCAGCCUCUGCUAGCGGAGAUGUGCACUGCUGACGUGCGUGGGUUGCUGUCAUCGCUGCCCGAGAUGAUGGUGAGUGUGGGAAUGCUGCUGGUAUACGUGUUGGCACGCUUCCUUGACUGGCAGAGCACUACCCUCGUCUGUGGGCUCCUUCUCUUCCCUGUCACCGUCGGUGUCCUUUUUGUGCCCGAGUCUCCAUACUGGCUCCUCAAGAAAGGAAAGGAGAAGCUGGCUCUCAGGGCCCUGAUGAAGCUGCGAGCUCCUGAACAUGAUGUGGACUCCGAACUUAGCAGUAUCCGUGAUGCCCUCAACCAGCACGCCCAACACAGCUCUUUCCUGCAACAGUUCCGAUCACUGAAGGAACCAGGUAACUACCGGCCCGUCGUGCUGGUGACCGGAAUCUUCAUCCUGCGGGAGCUGGGGGGCGCCAUGGUGAUCUUCAUGUACGCCGUGUAUUUCUUCGAGAAUGCUGGGGUGACCAUCGACCCCUUCACCUGCUCUGUGUUGGUGGGCGUGUGUCGUCUGGUCUUCACGCUGAUUUCCGCCGUCGUUAUUGACAGGCUGGGCAGGCGGCCUCUCCUCAUUGUCUCGUCCAUCGUCUGUGGUGGCGCCCUCUUUGUUACUGGUGGGGUGCUAUACUCCGACGACCAAGGGGUGGGCUGGGUGCCCCUCACAGCAGUCAUGGUCUACGUGGCAUCCUUUGGCCUGGGCACGGGCCCUGUGCCCUGGAUCCUCCUAGGAGAACUGCUGCCCACGCCCGUUCGAUCUCUGGGAGCAUCGAUAUGCACCAGUAUCUUUGUCAUCUCUCUCUUCCUUGUCACCCAGGUGUUCCCUGACCUGACUAUCGCCAUCGGAUUACGGAACGCCGUCAUGGUGUUCGGUGCCUUCGAACUCCUGCUGGCGCGUGCCUUCCUCUUCCUGCCGGAGACCCGAGGCCGCACCUUGGAGGACCUGCAACACGCCUUCGUCGGUAGCUCCGCCCUCACGCCCUUCACCCACGCCACCCGCGAGGGUUACACUCCCGCCUACGGUAGCACCUUCCCUUCCACAUCACAGGUUAUGGAGAAGGUUCAUUAGAUUGUGGGUGACAUCCAAGUCUGGAUGACUGGGAUUCACCUGCUGCUGUAUUAGUUUUUGGGUGACAUCCAAGUCUGGGUGUCUAGGAUUCACCUACUUCUCCUUUAGUUUGUAGGUGGCAUCAUCUAAGUGUCAGUUUCUAGGUGACGUCACUCAAAGUCUGGGUGUUUGGGAUUCACCUGCUUCUUCCAUUAGUUUGUCUGGUGACAUCAUGUACAUCUGAGUGUUCAGGAACCACCUGAUAGUUCCCUAGCUUCUAGGUGACAUCGUUUAUGUCUGAGUGUCCUGCUAGUUCAUUAAUUUCUAGGUGAUAUCUGUGCCUGAGUGUCCUGGAUUCACCUGCAUUGUUCAUUAGUUUCUAGGUGACAUCAUCUGAGUAUUUAGUAUUCGAGAUUAGCUUCCUGGCCUUCCUAAGAAAUAAUUACCUCAACAGUUGAUCUGCUAAUUAUAUAUACUUAUCAACUGCUAGGAUAAUUAAGGCCGCACUUGUGUCUACUUACAAUCAUCAAUUAUUCUUUUAAAUUGCGAAUAACGGUAACUCCCACUGAACGUUAAGAGCAUCACCUCUCUACGCUCCCGUAUUCAUCACUAUACAUAAGCCACAUAAUGCAAUAAAUUUAUUUUCAAAACGUGUACAGAUUAUAGAUACUGAUUCUGCGAGUCCUCAGUAUGCACAACAUACACUAUACUACUUUGAUACAGCACUAUACUUUGAUACAGCACUAUACUUUGAUACAGCACUAUACUUUGAUACAGCACUAUACUUUGAUACAGCACUAUACUUUGAUACAGCACUAUACUUUGAUACAGCACUAUACUUUGAUACAGCACUAUACUUUGAUA